AUGACGAAAAGAAACAUUCUGAUCGGGUGCACCGGAAGCGUGGCCACGAUUAAAUUACCGUUACUAAUUCAAAAACUGCGUGACUCAGUCCCGGACAUACAAAUCAAAGUGAUUGUUACCCACCACGCGGAGCAUUUCUUCUCCGCCUCGGACAUCCCCGAAGAUGUCCCCAUCCAGCGGGAUGCCGACGAGUGGAGCAGUUGGAGCGGUCGCGGUGAUCCCGUCCUACACAUCGAACUGGGCAAGUGGGCCGAUCUGAUGCUGGUGGCACCGCUGGACGCGAACACGCUGGCCAAAAUGGCACAAGGUUUGUGCGACAAUCUGCUGCUGUGUACGGCGAGGGCAUGGGACUUUGGGAAACCGUUUUUCUUUGCCCCGGCCAUGAACACCCGCAUGUGGGACCAUCCGAUCACGGGUCCGCAGAUCGAGACGCUCCGGUCGUGGGGUUUCAGGGAGAUUCCGUGCGUGGCCAAGACGCUGAUGUGCGGCGAUACGGGGUUGGGUGCGAUGGCCGAGGUUGAUACGAUUGUGCAACAGGUGGUGGGGUGUUUGGGGGAGAUGGAGUUGAGAAAUUCGUAGAGGUAAAUAGUAAAAUAUUGUUCAAAUUUGUA